AUGGAUCCAUCCACUAUUAUCAGUGCCAAGCUGGUAUUUGACAAGAUCCCACAGAGACAAGCUAUCUUCGUAGAAUUGAACUUGUUCGUCAUGUCGCUUCAAUUCCUCUUCAUUAAACUGGAAUGGGGAGCUACCCCAAAGCCCCAGGAGCUUCUAGUUCUCAGCAAUGCGUAUUAA